UCAAUUUGGAACGGUCUACUUCCAGCUUCAUCGACCGGCUCAAGGUGGCCGUGGAAGAACGAGAGCUCAUUCCGUGGCUUCUGCAGAGCCGCUUCACUCAAUCCUCUCGAUUCCUUCGCGAGGCAGGUGAUGGUUCUUUUCAAGGCCAGUCGGCGCGUUGUGUCGACAAGUUUGCCGGCAAUCAAAAGUGGAUCUGUACCUCUCAAGAACCUUUCUUCGAUCUAUAGGGCUGGACUGAUUCGCCAUUCCAGUGGCUGGAGAUCAUUUUCUGCUUGUAGGUCAUUCAGCACCCAGACUGCUACAACAGGAAGUACCCCUCAGCCUCCACCUCCACCUCCACCUCCAGAAAAGACUCAUUUUGGUGGUCUAAAGGAUGAAGAUCGCAUUUUCACGAACCUAUAUGGCUUGCAUGAUCCUCUUCUAAAAGGUGCUAUGAAACGGGGUGACUGGUACAGAACCAAGGACUUGGUAGUUAAGGGUAGUGACUGGAUUGUCAAUGAAAUGAAGAAGUCUGGUCUGAGAGGCCGUGGAGGAGCUGGUUUUCCAUCUGGUCUGAAGUGGUCUUUCAUGCCCAAGGUAUCUGAUGGCCGCCCUUCUUAUCUUGUUGUCAAUGCUGAUGAAAGUGAACCUGGCACAUGUAAAGACAGAGAAAUCAUGCGUCAUGAUCCUCAUAAACUUCUGGAAGGGUGCCUGAUUGCUGGAGUUGGUAUGAGGGCAACAGCUGCAUACAUCUACGUAAGAGGAGAAUAUGUAAAUGAACGAUUGACACUUGAGAAGGCAAGAAAGGAAGCAUAUCAAGCUGGAUUAUUGGGGAAGAAUGCUUGUGGAUCAGGUUAUGAUUUUGAUGUUCAUAUACACUUUGGUGCUGGAGCUUACAUCUGUGGUGAAGAGACAGCAUUAUUGGAGAGCCUUGAAGGCAAACAAGGGAAACCAAGACUAAAGCCUCCUUUCCCAGCAAAUGCAGGACUAUAUGGCUGUCCGACUACUGUAACAAAUGUGGAGACUGUGGCUGUAUCUCCCACAAUUUUGCGGCGAGGACCUGAAUGGUUUGCAAGCUUUGGCCGGAAAAAUAAUUCUGGCACAAAACUGUUCUGUGUAUCUGGUCAUGUGAACAAGCCUUGCACGGUGGAAGAGGAGAUGAGUAUCCCACUGAAGGAAUUGAUAGAGAGGCAUUGUGGUGGCGUUCGAGGAGGCUGGGACAACCUGUUGGCAGUUAUCCCGGGAGGUUCUUCUGUUCCCCUCCUUCCCAAGCACAUAUGUGAUGAUGUCAUGAUGGAUUACGAUGCUCUUAAAGCUGUUCAGUCUGGACUGGGUACUGCAGCAGUGAUUGUUAUGGACAAAUCCACUGAUGUCGUGGAUGCAAUAGCAAGACUGUCUUACUUCUACAAGCAUGAGAGUUGCGGUCAGUGCACACCCUGCAGGGAGGGAACCGGAUGGCUGUGGAUGAUUAUGGAGAGGUUGAAGGUGGGGAAUGCCAAGCUGGAGGAGAUUGAUAUGCUUCAGGAAGUCACCAAGCAGAUCGAAGGGCACACUAUAUGCGCUCUGGGUGAUGCUGCUGCAUGGCCGGUACAGGGACUUAUCAGGCAUUUUAGGCCAGAACUAGAAAGGAGAAUCAGGGAGAGGGCCGAGAGAGAGCUCUUGGAGGCUGCAGCUGCUUAAAUCCUCUAGCCUUUCCUUUUCAAGAGCUUUCUCUGCUUCUUUUCAUCAAACUUAUGAGAAUAAUCAAUUGUUGGUGGACAUCCUAAUGAGAACACAGCUCUGCAUGCUGUUUCUGACGUUGUCCUCUACACAGACCUAUUUGUCUGAAGCUCUUCCAAGAUCAGAUCCAUGUUGUUGGAUCCCUGAGCCUGCAAAUUCUGCAAUUGUUUUCGUUUGUGGAGGAGAAUUCAUUUAUUGUCUGCCCAUGAAUAUAUAUUGGGAAUCUUGUCAAAUUUCAUUAAUAUAUUUU